AUGGUCGAGUAUACUCGACAAGAGGUCGCCAAACACGAUGAGCCUGGCAACUACUGGCUCAUUCUACACGGCAAAGUUUACAAUGUGUCUUCAUACCUAGACGACCACCCCGGUGGUAAAGAACUAUUAGAAGAGUCUGCAGGCACAGACGCUACGUCAGACUUCGACUUUGCUGGCCACUCAGAGGAUGCGAUUAAGGCUCUCGACGGCUUCCUGGUCGGUUCGCUGGUGGGAUACACGGAGAAGAACAAAUCGGCCCUCACGCUCCCCUCACCUAUGAAGAACAGACAGGCAGGUCGAGCCGCACCGUCGGCUGAUCCUGGGAAGAUGAAGGCCUAUAUCGGUGUGUCAUUCGCCGCUGCCGCCCUGACGCUGGCCUCCUGGCUCCUUGGCACGUCGACCCACAUAUUGUCUGGAUUCCCGGCUGGGGUUUUGUCGACACUAGCGGUGGUUCUGUCGGUGGGAUGGUACUGUGCUGUGUCGGUUAGAAAGGCAUUGAUUCCCGGCGAAGAUGUAUUUCGUUACCCGUCUUACUUUUAA